AUGGAGCCCAGACUUCUCUGCUGGACCACUUGUUUUCUCCUGGCUGUGCGGUGCCUGCCAGUGCUGCCCUGCCCUCGCCGGUGCCUUUGCCUGCAGAGCACCGUCCGCUGCAUGCACUUGAUGCUGGAUCAGGUUCCUCAGGUGCCGCAGCAGACCACAGUCCUAGACUUGAGGUUUAACAGAAUAAGAGAAAUUCCUGAGAGCGCCUUCAAGGAACUCAAGAAUUUGAACACUCUUCUCCUGAACAACAACCAAAUCAGAAAGAUUUCCAGAAGCUUUGAAGGACUUGAAAAUUUGCUGUAUCUGUACCUGUACAAGAAUGAUAUUCGUGCACUAGAUAAGCAAACGUUUAAAGGACUCAUAUCCUUGGAACAGCUGUAUAUUCAUUUCAACCGAAUAGAAAUACUACAGCCAGAAAGCUUUGGAGAUCUUGGGAAAUUAGAGCGACUUUAUCUUUUAUUUUUUGGAUUUUUGCAUAAUAACAAAUUAUCUAAAAUCCCAGCUGGGAGCUUUUCUCAUCUGGAUUCAUUAAAGAGACUACGUCUGGAUUCCAACGCUCUAGUUUGUGACUGUGAUUUAGUGUGAAAGCCGGGGGAACUCUUGCAAAGUUAUGCUCGGAAUGGCCAUACGUAGGCUGCUGCUACAUGUGAGUAUCCCAGAAGGCUCCAGGGAUGCUCAGUAGCUUCAGUAACAGUAGAGGAAUUCAACUGUGAGAGUCCUCGAAUUACUUUUGAGCCCCAAGACGUAGAGGUAACGUCAGGGAAUACUGUCUACUUCACUUGCUGGGCUGAAGGAAACCCCAAACCUCAGAUUAUUUGGAUACAUAACAACCAUUCAUUGGAUUUGCGAGAUGAUGCUCGACUUAAUUUGUUUGCUGAUGGGACACUCAUGAUCAGGAGCACUCAAGAGUCCGACCAAGAUGAAUGUCAGUGUGUGGCCAGAAACGUGGCUGGGGAAGUCAAGACGCAGACUGCCAUGCUCAGCUACUCCAGUCUUCCAGCCAAGCCGAGUUUUGUAAUCCAGCCCCAGGACACAGAGGUUUUAAUUGGCACCAGCACAACUUUGGAAUGUAUGGCCUCUGGCCACCCACAGCCCCAUACUACUUGGACCAGGGGCGAUGGAGAGGCGCUGGAUGGAUCCAGGCACCUGGCUACUACCGGAGGACUUUACUUGCAGAACAUCACACUGCAGGAUCAUGGUCGAUUUACCUGUCACGCCAACAAUGAUCAAGGCUCUGUUCAAGCUACAGCAAACAUAAUUGUACAAGCUCCUCCACAAUUUACAAUGAGCCCAAAGAAUCAAGUGGUGCUAGAAGGACAUGCUGUAGAAUUUCUUUGUGAAGCAGAAAGCAACCCACCUCCAGGAAUUGCCUGGACAAAAGCAGGUAUUACCAUAUCUACAACCAAUUGUGAGGGUCAGCAUACAGUUCUCUCCUCGGGCACUUUGAGAAUUGACAAUGUAGUGCAUCAUGAUCAAGGCCAAUAUGACUGUCAAGCAGUCAGUCCAUUGGGAGUGAAAAAAGUGUCUGUCCAGCUGACUAUAAAAUCCAAAGUUCUUCCAGUGUUUAUUCAAGUACCUGAGGAUACAAGUGCAGAGGUUGGAAAGAAUGUAAAUAUUUCAUGUCAUGCUCAGGGAGAAUCACAGCCCAUAAUUAUUUGGAAUAACGCAGGUGUUCAGAUUACUGAGAGUGGUAAAUUCCAUGUUGAUGGUGGAGGCAUGCUAACCAUCUAUGAUGUGGGGCAAGCUGACCAGGGAAGAUGUGAAUGCGUGGCUCAGAAUCCAUUUGGCCUUGUUGUGGCCAGCAUGUUCCUCACAGUCCUUGCAACACACGGGAGACAAGCUGGAGAUGACUUUGUCGAAUCGUCCAUUCUUGAUGCUGUACAGAGGGUUGACAGUGCAAUUAACUCCACAAGAAGACAUUUGUUUUCACAAAAAUCUUGCACCCCUAGUGAUCUACUGGCUCAGUCUUGUUAUCCGCAUGACCCGUUUACCGUGGAGACGGCCAGAGCCGGGGAGAUUUUUGAGCACACACUUCAGUUGAUCCAGGAGCACGUGAAGCAGGGACUCACUGUGGAUUUGGAGGGCAGAGAAUUCUGCUACAAAGACUUGGUGUCCCCACGCUACCUCAGCCUCAUCGCCAAUUUAUCUGGAUGAACAGCCCACAGGCACGUGCCAAACUGCUCUGACAUGUGUUUCCACCAGAAGUACCGAACUCAGGACGGAACAUGUAACAACCUGCAGCACCCAACGUGGGGCGCCUAGCUCACGGCCUUUGAGCGCAUCCUGAAACCUGCCUACGAGAACGGCUUCAACUCACCCCGUGGGGUUGGCCACCACACCCCAUCCAAUCCCUUUCCACUGCCCAGGCUAGUCUCAACAGAGCUGGCGGCCACGGCGACUGUCACUCCUGACGAUAGAUACACACACAUGCUCAUGCAGUGGGGCCAGUUUUUAGACCACGAUUUGGACCAUACGGUGCCUGCAUUAAGCAUGUCUCGCUUCUUGGAUGGGCAGCCGUGCAGCUCUGUGUGUACUAAUGAUCCUCCUUGCUUCCCCAUUGUCAUUCCUCACCCUGACCCCCGGGGGACCGGAGCACCGUGCAUCUUUGCACUCUCCAGUCCUGUGUGUGGCAGCGGCGUGACCAACUUGGUGAUGAAUUCAGUGUAUGCCUGAGAACAGCUAAACCAGCUCACAGCAUACAUUGAUGCCUCUAAUGUUUACGGGAGUUCAGAGCGAGAAUCCCAAAUUCUCAGAGACCACUCAGAGCCCCAGGGACUCCUGAAGACAGGCUUACCUUGGGCCCCUUCCGGAAAGAACUUACUGCCUUUUUCCACAGGCCCACCCGCCGAGUGCACAAGCCAGGAGCAAGACAGCCACAGCCCCUUUUUCCUGGUCGGGGAUCACAGGGCUAAUGAGCAGCUGGCUCUCACAGCCAUGCACACCCUGUGGUUCUGGGAACACAACAGGGUUGCUAGGGAGCUGUCGGCCCUCAACCCCCACUGGGAUGGAGACACCCUUUUUCACGAAGCCAGGAAGAUUGUAGGUGCAGAGCUGCAGCAUAUCACCUACAGCCACUGGCUGCCCAAGAUCCUGGGGGAGCUCGGCCUGAAGAUGCUGAGGGACUACCAAGGCUACGACCCCAAUGUCAACGCAGGGAUUAUUAACUCUUUUGCUACUGCAGCCUUCAGAUUUGUACACACAUUAAUCAAUCCUAUUCUUUAUCGACUGAAUGACAUUUUUAGUGAAAUCCCCGAAGGCCACCUUCCACUCCACAAAGCUUUCUUUUCACCCUCCAGAAUAAUCAAGGAAGGUGGGAUAGAUCCACUCCUUCGGGGGCUAUUUGGCGUGGCUGCUAAAUUGCGGGUGCCCUCGCAGCUGCUCAGCCUGGAGCUGACUGAGAAGCUGUUCUCCACGGCGCAUUCUGUGGCCCUGGAUUUGGCUGCCACCGACAUUCAAAGGGGGCGAGACCACGGGAUACCUCCGUAUGUGGACUUCAGAGUUUUCUGCAAUUUGACUUCUGUUCAGAACUUUGAAGAUCUUCAAAAUGAAAUUAAAGAUUCAGUGAUUAGACAAAAACUGAAAAAGUUGUACGGCACUCCAGGCAACAUUGACUUCUGGCCCGCUCUCAUGGUCGAAGACCUGAUCCCAGGUACAAGAGCGGGACCAACACUUAUGUGCCUGUUUGUUACCCAGUUUCAGCGGCUAAGAGAUGGAGAUAGAUUCUGAUAUGAAAACCCUGGAGUGUUUACCCCCGCACAACUCACUCAGCUGAAACAGGCAUCACUGGGCCGUGUGCUUUGUGACAAUGGUGACAACAUUCAGCAAGUCCAGGCUGAUGUCUUCAUAAAGGCAGAAUACCCGCAGGAUUACAUGAGCUGCAGUGAGAUACCAAAGGUCGAUUUACACGUGUGGCAAAACUGCUGUGAAGACUGUAGAAGCAGAGGACAGUUCAGAGCAUUCACACAAGAAUCAGGAAAGAAACGCUCUGUUCAAUACAACUAUCCUGAUGAGAAAGAUAUGGACUUAAGUGAUCUAAUUAGUAGGCAACAAGAUAACUUGUACAUGGAUGAGAAUGGUAGAAAUAUGAUGCUUUUGGCAAAACCAAAAUUCUCCCAGGAUUUCAGCAGUUUUGCAGCAGAAAUUCAAAAAACCGUCAAAGCUCUCAAAAAGCAGAUAAACAAGUUGGAGGCACGCCUUGGGCAGGCAGGCCGUAUAGAUGAUAAAGGCAUUCGGAGAAACAGUGAGCAGUGGAUGAAAGAAGACUGCGUUAACUGUCCCUGUAGGCAUGGCCAGGUUACGUGUACGUUGGAGAUUUGUCCCCUGGCUCCGUGUUCCAGUCUUGAAUUGGUAAAAGGAAACUGCUGUCCAGUUUGCAGAGACCCAGGACUGCCAGCUGACUCUCCAGAGAAACCCUAA